AUGGUUAUUGGCGUUCUUAUAGGGGAGUUCGUGUCAGGCGUCCAGGACGCAUUCGACACGGCAACCUUCAAUGGUGUCUCUGCUCCCAUUGCCAUCGGGCUAAUCAUAAUGAUGUGGCCCAUCCUCACGAAGGUCCAAUACGAGGCACUUCCGACGGUCUUCUCCUCGUCUAGAAUUUGGAUCCAGAUCGCGAUGUCGUUCGUUCUCAACUGGAUCAUCGGUCCACUCGUCAUGCUAGGUGUUGCUUGGGCGACCUUGCCAGACCUGCCCACCUACAGGGCUGGAGUAAUCAUGGUCGGAUUAGCAAGGUGCAUUGCCAUGGUCAUGAUAUGGAAUCAACUUGCCAGAGGCGACGCGGAUUAUUGCGCAAUCCUGGUGAUCAUCAACUCUGUCCUGCAGAUCAUCUUGUACUCGCCCUACGCAGUGCUAUUCAUCAAUAUCCUCGGAGGACAGAGUCAAGCUGGAACAAUCCAUGUCGCAUACGGCGACGUGGCUAUAUCGGUACUAAUAUACCUCGGCAUUCCACUAGUAGCUGGCGUUGUUACUCGGUACACCGUGAUCUACCUGGUUGACAGGAAAUUCUUCAACGAUCGCUUCUUGCCCGCCUUCUCGCCCCUGGCACUGUUAGGCCUCCUCUACACGAUAAUAGUCAUGUUUGCUUACCAAGGCCACCACAUCGUACACAACCUUGGCCCUGUCUUUCGAGUGUUUGUGCCGAUGAUCCUGUACUUUGUGAUCAUGUGGUCAAGCGCCUUCGCACUGGUGUACUAUCUGACGAAGCAUGAAAAGCGGGAAGAACGGCUCUGGGGCUAUGAGAUGGCGGUGGUACAAAGCUUCACAGCUGGAAGUAAUAACUUCGAACUAGCCAUAGCGGUAGCUAUCGCAGUAUACGGCGUCGGAUCUGACCAAGCUCUGGCCGCGACAAUAGGACCACUGGUUGAAGUCCCUGUACUGCUUGCCCUCACAUGGCUAGCCUUGCUAUUAGGGCGAUGGUUGAACUGGGACAGUGCAGACAAGGAGGCGGAAUUGGAAAGUCAGAAGAACUAA